ACGACCUUGAAGUACCCGGCCAGAGUAAACACUCCAUCAUGGCUUCUGGAGCUCAGCGUGCUACGGACACAAUGACGAUCUUGGCUUCCAGCUUCUUGUAAACUUAUGGCUUGCUUUACCGACGACGACGAAAGAAAACCACCAAUCAUGUCUGAUCUAAAGCCAGUUCAUCAGAUGGUGUCAUCGUGCACAGGAGCAGUUAUCACAUCAGUGUUCAUGACACCCUUUGAUGUUGUGAAGGUACGAUUACAGGCUCAACAGAGAGCACAACUUAGCCGGACGUGCUUUCUCUACUGUAAUGGUUUGAUGGACCACAUCUGUAAUUGUGCAGCAUCUAUACCCACCCAUACUGAGAAUCAUAAUUGGUACAAUCGUCCAAUUCCAGUACAUCUUAACGGAACAGUGGAUGCCUUUGUUAAGAUAUCCAGAAAUGAAGGAAUUCAGUCUCUUUGGUCAGGCCUGCCACCCACACUUGUUGUUGCAAUACCUAAUACUGUCAUAUACUUCACAACUUAUGAACAGCUUCGUACAGCUUCUCUUAGAUACUUACCAGGAAAUGGGAUAGACCCUCCUUCUUGGGUAGGAGGAGUAGCAGGAGGCUUGGCAAGAAUAUGGGCUGUUAGUGUCGUCUCACCUUUUGAACUUGUAAGGACAAAGAUGCAAGCAAAGAGUAUGCCUUAUAAAGUAUUUUAUAUAUACUGUAUUUCAGUUAUAUAUUGGUUUUCCUAUGAGAAUAUGAAAACAUAUGCAAACCAGCAGCAACCAACAGUUAACUUUUCACUGUUUGCCGGAGCAGUCUCUGGAGGGAUUGCAGGAGCCCUCACUCUUCCACUGGAUGUGAUCAAAACACACAGGCAAAUAGAAAUUGGUGAGAAGGAGCUCUUUUCAGAUAACAUCAAAAGUUCUGGCUCAACCAAGCAGAUGCUGGCAAACAUCUACAGACAGCAGGGCGUAAAGGGCUUGUUCUCAGGUCUGGUUCCGCGAUUAGCGAAAGUGAUGCCAGCAUGUGGCAUCAUGAUCUCUUCGUAUGAAUAUGCCAAAAGGUUCUUUAGAAGCCGUAAGCAGUUAGAUACUGUUGAGUAAUAAAGUGCUUUUUUUGUCUCUGUUAUAUUUUUGUGUAAAAUAUUCCUAUGAACUAGAAAACUUUUAUUUAUUAAUUGUAAUUUGAGGUCUUUAUGAACCCGUUUGCUCAAUGCUUUUAAUGUAUGGCGUACUUGGCUGUAUACUGACUAUGGUGUAUUUAAAUCAGUUUUGUAUGUGUUAUAAAUGUGAUUAUGAAUUAUAAAAUGUAAUCCAUGAAUAUAAUGAUUUUGUUCAUUCUGAAUACAUUGUGAGAAAUGUAAUUUUUUUAAAACUAACUUAUGAUUGCUGUGACAUAUAGUACUUUUAAUAGAGGUACAGUAUUGCAAUUCUACAAUUUUUGCAGAAAAAAUUAGUUUAAACAAAAACUUACUUUCUCUUCUCAAGUAAUUUAGUAUGUUGACACCAUAUUAUGUUGUAAAGAAAGGCACAUUUGCAGCUUAUCAGGUGUGUGUGUGUGCAUGCAUGCAUGUAGGCACAGUGUUAAUACCUUGUGCUGACCCAGUUGUGUCUGUUUAUGUACUGUGUUUUCUCAGCUGUGUGUGUGUGUGUUCAGCUCCUAUGACUGUCUCUUUACUCUAGAUCAGCAUUUCUCAACCAGGAUUCCACAUAUCCCAAAGUAACUAGGGGUUCUGCAAGAGAUAGUGAUAAAUAGGUUAAUUUUAAUCAUAUUCAAAUUUUUUUUUGAAAUUUUUGUAUUUAAUUUUUCUCAUUUAAUCAGUGUCAAGCACAAAAACAGAAAUCGUCGCCUUUCAGUUGAUAAUGAUAUCCACACAUUUAUCUUAAGUAAGACCUGUAAUUAUUUUAAGAGUACAAAGGUUGAGAAAUGCUGAUCUAGACAUUCAUUGUUGAUUGCUAGUUUCUUAGGUUGUAUCUAUCUAAUAUUAAAUUCAUAUGUUGAUUCAACCUUUACUUCUGAACCUCUAGUUUUAGCUUAUUCAACUAUUCCAGUGUACUUUAUACUUAUGAUGUUAUUCCUAAUGUCAUUGCAUGUGUACUCACCUAGUUGUGCUUGUGGGGGGAGUGGGUUGAGGUCUGGCUCUUGUGGCCUGCCUCUCAACUGUCAAUCAACUGAUUUUUUUUCACACACACACGCACCUAGGAAGCAGCCUGUAGCAGCUGUCUAACUCCCAGGUACCUAUUUACUGCUAGGUAAACAGGGGCAUCUGGGUGAAAGGUCCCUUCGGGAUUCAUGGUCCCUUAGAACCAUGAAUCCUGAGCGCUGUCCACUCAGCUGUCAAGCCCCCUAAUGUGUGUGUGUGUGUGGGCAUGCGUAUACACUAUUUCUAGGUUGUUUAUGGCAUGUCUCGAUUAUUGCUUCCAUUCACCUAUGACUUACUUUUAUUUAUUUUUUUUGGUCAGGCUUUCUAGCUCCUAGGUAGUCUUCUCAGCUUGGUGCCUUAGUUUGAUAAUUACAUAUUGCACUUUCUAACUUUGUAUACAUGUUUUUAUUGGUUCAGUAUAUUGUACUUUGCCCAAAAUAACUGUCCCUGUGUUUCAAAUUUCUGCAUUUUACAAUUAUCUUAAUCCACCAUUGUUUUGUAAAAAAAAAAUAUGCCACACUUUGCUAGCCUACUAUAUAUAUAUAUAUAUAUAU